GACACCAAGCACAGUGGAUGUACAGUGUGCAGGCGAACGAGACGUGGAGCGUGUGAAAGUUGCGUGUGAAAGUUGCGUGUGAAAGUUGCGUGUGAAAGUUGCGUGUGAAAGUUGCGUGUGAAAGUUGCGUGUUCGUGUUUAAAAGCUUCCAACAGAAGGAAGGAAUCGGAGUGAACGGGCGCUGCAGGCCAGAGCGUCCAGCCGCGUGGUUUGUGACGUCCUGCCCAUCUCCGGGAGGCGAGGCACGAGUCCGCAUGGCGGGGCGUGAGGCCGAGCGGCAGGCUCGCGAGCUGGUUCGGGCCGUGACGGAACUGGCGCCCGGCACCGCCAACUUCUCCCUGGCCACCAGCUUCGUGGCGUCCACCUUGAGGUUUCACCGAUAUCUGGACGUGGACCGACACAAGGUGAUCCGUGCAAUAGAUGGGAUUCAUGAGAAGCUGCUGGUGCAUUCGGACGCGCUGAAGGCAGGCAGCUGGCGGAGCCUCACCCACGGCUUCCUACACUCACCCCUCCUCCUCACCACCGAGCACAAUACGGAGGCUCACUAUGCCGUGCUCUUCCUGCUGCUCGCCUUGUCCGCCUCUCCGUCGAACUCCGAGUACACGGAGCGCCCCGUCGCCCAGCCUCCAGCGGCGGAGGAGGCGUUUGACUGGGCGAGCUACCUGCGGGAAGACGUCUUCGCGGGGCCCUACCCGGACACGCCCGAGUGGUCGGAGGAGGAUGAGGAGGAGGAGGAUGAGGAAAAGAAAGGAUUCCGUCGUGUGGACUCGGGGAUUCAGGCCGAUCGGAGUCCCGUGCUGCACCCCGGUCCUCCCAAGGGCACGGACGUCUCAAAGCCAGCAGAGAAGGAGAGCUGUGACUAUCGCUGGCUCCGUGAGCACCUCGUGCGUCGAUACUGGGCUGUCCCGUCUCCCCACUGCCCGUGUAGCACUCACCUCCACUCCAACUUGGCCAAGGCCUGGGAGGGGUUCCUCUGCGAGACGGACGCCCUGUCCGUGCCCCGGGCAGGUGCUGUGCUCACUGAGGCACAGCUGGUGAGGGAGACCCUGUGGCUACUGAUGGGCACCACGAACCUCUUUGCGUUUGAGGUGCAUCACGGGAAGGUGACGGUCCGCGAAGGCAUCGGCGUCACCCACCUUACUCCGGCGAGUCUGCGAGCGCUGCUGGGCGACGUGUGCGCGUUCGGCGAGGUGACUCUAAGGCUCCAGGCCUUCGUCGAAGACACGACGCGGCCGGCCAGCGACGAGGCUCCGCCGUGCCGCACGCUGCAGGCGUUCGCCUUCUCCCUCGCCGAGUACCUCGGAGCCUUCCGUCGGGAGCUCACCGACGUGGAGCGGCGCGCCAUGCGGCAGGAGGGCCCGGCACUCACGCUGUCCGCGCUGCUGGAGGAGUUGCGCUCGCGACGCUCCGGGCUGCUGCAGCUGAGACGUGCACUGGACGAGGGCAUCGAGCCGCACGGGGGGUCGGGCGGGGGGUCGAGCGGGGGGUCGAGCGGGGGGUCGAGCGGGGGGUCGAGCGGGGGGUCGAGCGGGGGGUCGAACGGGGGGUCGAGCGGGGGGUCGAGCGGGGGGUCGUCCGCUGCCGCCGUCCUCUGCCCCGCGCCCCCCGCUCACGUGCGCGCGGCCCGGCUCAUCAACGCGCUGCACCGUGCGGCGGUGGAGCAUCACAACACGGGGCACGCCACGCACACGGCCCAGCUGCUGCUCACUCUGUUUGUGAGCUCCCUGCGGCCGUCCCUGGAGAUGGCCGGUGAGUGCGUGACCCUCGGCCACCUCCACGACCCCGCCGGGGAAUUCAUCCUGGAGAGAAACCGCGUGGUCUGCGAGGAGCACGAGGACUUCUGGCAGAAGGCGUUCACGCUGCGCGACUUCCCGCGGGACGGAGGCCGCCGGUCGGCAGACGGGGGGGUCGGAGCAGGAGACGGAGUUCCCUUCCUCACCCCCAUCCUGGACAAGCUGCUGCUCGUGGGGAAGUCCUGCGCCCUGCUGCUGAGCCUGCAGGGAGAGAAAACCGCCAACGUCCCCGCUUCGCCAGACCGUGGGGAGCUGGGCAGCCGGAGUCUCUACGACCUCUUCGUGCGUUCUCUCCUCGUGCACCUCGGGGACGGCCACCGCCUCCCCGUGCCGCCGACGACGCCGCCGACGACGACGCUGGCGCCGCAGCCACCGGUCACCGUCGCCCUCCCCGUGAACGACGCCGGCGCCGGCGCAGAGCGCAGCUCGGCGAGCCGCGGGGGGACCGCGGCCGCGCUGGUGGUGGAUAGAGGGGGCGGCAGGGGCGGUGGCGGGGUGAGGCACGUUCUGCACGAGGUGCAGGAGGCCGUAGGGAGGCACCUGCUGGAGCCCGCUACCCACGAUCCUCUGCUAGCGUACAACUUCUCAAGGCUGUACUUUGAUCUGACACCGUCGGUGGCGAGCGACGUGCGGGGGGAGGGGGGCCCGGACCCCGCCGGAGGAGGGGGGGGCCGUGCUGGGAUGGGGGUGCCCGGGGGGGAGACUGGCCCUGCCACUCGGAGAGCCGGUGACGCCGCCCCGCUCGAGCAGAUGCUCAGCGAUUCCCUGUACCCGCACGUGCAGCGGCAGUACCUGCUCGUGUGCGGGCAGCUCAUGGCCAUGCUCAAGGAGCGGCACGGGAUGAUGGAUUGCCUGCAAGCGAUGCGCAGCUUCUUCCUGCUGGAGGCCGGGGACGCCAUGCGGGAUUUCUGCGCGCCGGUGUUUGAGCGAGCGAGGCGACGCGAGUGCUGGCGGGACGUCUCCUUCCUCAACACAGCGCUGCAGGAGGCGCUGCGCCACCACGCGCACGCGCGCAGGCUGACUGUGGAGCUUGAGGAGGUUUCUGCCGAAGGUCAGCCUCAGCCAAUCAACACGCUCGACGGCCUGACCCUGCACUACGAGGCCCCGUGGCCGGUCAGCCUGGUGCUGAGCCCCCCAGCGGAGGCCGUUUACCGCCAGGUGUUCACCCUCCUGCUGCAGAUCAAGUGGGUGAAGCACAGCCUCGACACGCUGCGCUUCCAAGCGCUCACGGACGCAGCGUUCCCGCGCGGUGAAGACGACGCGCAUGACGGUAACGACGCGGUCCCCGGCGGGCGGCAGGGGCCGGAGAGCAGCAGCAGCACCAGGAGGCGAGGCCUUGGCCGGCCGUGCCCACUCGCCCACCGCAUGUUCCUGCUGCGCGUCAAGUUCAUGCACUUUGUGAACAGCCUGCACACCUACGUGCUCACCCGGAUCCUGCACAGCACGUGGCUGGAGUUCGGCCCGCGGCUCGACGGGGCCUACGAUCUGGACGAGCUGCUGGCGGCGCACGGAGACUUCCUGGCGGCCAUUCACGACCGCUGCCUGCUGCGCGACAGGGUGAGCUACGUGAAGCAGGCCAUCAUGAAGGUGUGCAACCUGGCGCUGGUGUUUGCCGAUCGCUGGCGAGCCGGCCCCGCCGCUCUGCGUGCGGACGUGCUUGCGCGUACGGAGGGAGACUUGAAGAGCUGCCACGUGUUCCUCGUCACGAUUCUCAACAAAGCCGUGCGGCGCGGGAGCUUCCCACACCUGGAAUCCCUGGCCCUGGCCCUGGCCGCUGGGAUGGAGCGCAAGUGACGCCAGGAGGAGGCCGCACAGCUCGC